AUGGCUUCCCAAACACACGGAAUUCAACAACUUUUGGCUGCUGAAAAAAGAGCUGGUGAAAAGAUAAAUGAAGCUCGUAAGCGUAAAGCUCAAAGAUUAAAGCAAGCUAAGACUGAUGCUCAAGCCGAGAUUGACCAAAUCAAAAAGGAACAAGAAGCCAAAUUUAAAGAAUUUGAACGUGAAUAUCUUGGAUCAAAAGAAUCUGUUGAGGAACAAAUUAAAACAAAUACCCGUAAUACUCUUAAAAAUUUGGAAUCUUCUGUUGCAGAACACAAACAACAAGUUAUUAUUCGUCUUCUUCAACUUGUAUGUGACAUUCAUCCAGAACUUCACAGAAAUCUUCUUCUUAAAAAAGAACACGGAAUCGUUGAUAACUAA